AUGCAUCACGCUGAACGAACAAACGAACGAACAAAACCCCAGAAAAUCCCAAUGACGGAUUUCACGACGGAAAUAAGAGCAUCCGUUGACCUUGAGAACUUCCUGGCAGCCGAGACGAGUCUGGUGUUGGACGUCCCCGCCUCCAGUCUGGAAGCUGUAGUGGAAUGCUUGCUGAGGAGAACUCUACAUGCCCAUGAGAUGUUCACCGCAGCUUUCCAGGAUGCUAAGAAAUCUCUCUUCAUUCAUGAUUCAGGUUGUCUGUGGUUGCAUUGUUGUGUGAUUCUCUCGAGGUCCAUUCAGAGCAGGUGCAAGACCAGCACAGGAUGCUACGACUACGAACAAUCCUGGCUCUGUAUCUUGGGCAGUCUGGCCAGCAUUCAACGCCGAAAUGUUGCAAUUGCCCGAUUGAAGUCACCAACAAAUCUGGGAAGGACGAGUCAGGAAGUGCGGUUCGUCGUGUUGGUGGUGGCCCCCACCAAAGAGAAAGGAACGAAGAACGCAUUGGAACUCGGCAGAACCUUCUCAACUCUUUUCUCCGACACGAGUCUCCGCCAGAAAUUGCUGGCCGCCGAUGGCGAGUUUGAAUUCAAGCAGUUCCUGCGACAACACCAGCAGCAACAGCAAACUGAAAUCACUACGCCCAGUGAUUCAACAAAAACAACGACCACCAUGUUCUCGCAGCACGUGUUCCACCUCUUCUCCAGAAGGAAACUGACCUUUUGUAAGGGCAUCAAGAAAGACUUCUUGCUGAGAGUUCCAUCCUACGUGUCCGACUUCACCGACGCAUUUCGCAGCCGUCACAGCAUACGCAAGGUCAUCUCGACGACUUUCUUCCUCUACUUCGUCUGCCUCUUCCCGGCCAUCGCCCUCAGCGCUGUUAAUUAUGACGUCACUGGAGGAUAUUUCGACAUCAAGAAAGCUCUCUGCUCCCAGACAAUUGGAGGUUUGACCUUUGCUCUCGUUGGAGGUCAACCAACCAUUAUCAUCAUGACAACAGCUCCUUUGGUCCUCUACACAAAAAUUGUCUUCUUCAUAUCUCGAGAUUGGGACGUAGAUUUCGAGACCCUCUUCGCCUGGACCAGCUUGUGGAAUGCCAUAUUUCUGCUCACUUAUGCUUUUCUGGAUGUUGCCAAAUGCAUGAAGUUCUCUACCAGGUCGAUCGAGGAAGUGUUUGCACUGUUCAUCGCAAUAACAAUGAUGUCGUACGCUUUCAAAGACGUCGUCCACGAUUUUCAAUCUAAUUAUUACUCCCCUGUCUGCAAAAACCUCUCGUCAACGAGCUCUUCAACAUCAACAAAAAAAUCCGCCAAGCCAUUCAUUAACAUUGCAUUGCCACCAACCAGCACUACGAUAUCAGCGACAGUUUUAGAAACCAUAUCAGCCACCACCUUGCUGUGUCUGCUGCUAACACUUGCAGCUCUCUGGUUCAGCCUCUUCUUGUUCAACUUUACCAAAACUCCAUUUUUAAACGCGAGUAAACGCUCCCUGCUGGCUGAUCUCUCCCUGCCAAUGGGAGUCGUCGUCGUCUCCAUUGUUGGAUCCUUCAUAUUCAAGGACGUCAAGUUGACACACGUUCAGAUGAACAACCGACCAAUCGUUGAAAUAAUAAGCCAGCACGCAGGGACUUCCUGGUCAGUUGUACUUGGUGCUUUCGUACUUGGGUGGUUGAUGUCCGUACUCUUCUUUGUCAAUCAGACUGUGGUCGAAGGAAUUGUGGGCAGUCGAGAGAACAGAUUAAAGAAAAAUCAAACAUUAAAUUGGAACUUACUGAUCGUGGCCAUCCUAAACAUGCUGCUUGCACUCCUCGGUUUGCCUCCCGUCCAUCCAUCCCUGCCCCAAACUCCUCUUCACAUUCUGGCUCUGGCUGAACUUGAAGAAAGAGUGGAUCAGGGGAAAGUCAAUCAGAAAAUCAUAUCAGUUACUGAAACGAGACUGACCAGUCUAUUGAGCCACAUAUUGAUCGCACUGACCAUGAUGGUCAUUCACGUGCUCUUCCUCAUCCCAAGAGCAGUACUCAACGGACUCUUGUUGUACCUGGCUGUCACCAUCAUGAUGAGGAAGAACCAACUCUUCGAAAGACUCAUGCUCAUGGUCACAGAGCAGGCUUCCUACCCGCCAACGCACUACAUUCGAACCGUGCCGCAGAGGCGCAUCCACACGUUUACAAGUCUCCAGAUGCUGCAACUCAUCAUUCUUUGUCUCGUGGCUCUCUGCGGCAUCAACUACAUCCAGAUAUUUUUUCCGAUUGUUGUACUCCUAAUGAUUCCUAUCAGGUGGGUGGAGACUUUAUUGAGAAUGACAAUGAUCAAACGACAAUGGUCAGGACGGUGUUGUUUAUGGGAAGUUAACUAUAUGAUGACUCUAAUUCAAUGUGAAUUAUUGAAAUUAUCAGCAACAUAG